AGUUCCUUGUGGUCGAUAAAAUUACCAAAACAUCGAAUGUCUUGCUCAUUUCAUAGUCUUGAGUGUUACUCUAUUUAAUAGAAAAGUCUUUUUUUAUUUCUUUUGUAAAUUAACCCUUUAUAACACUUAGAGUUCAUGUGUACAAUACCUUGUUCAAUAGAAUAAUGGAAACUAAAACGUUAAUGCAACCGCCGCCGAGCACAAUCAAUCAGAUUUAUACCGAGUUGGGUACAUCCGAGACAAAAUUGGAUCUUGACGUGAAAAUUCUCAAAGAGUGGAUGCGAAAACAGCCUCACCUUCCGAACCCAGACGAUGAUGAAAAGAUAAUCGAUGAAAAGCGACUCAAAACAUUUCUGUUGAUUUGUAAGAAUAGUUUGGAGAAAACCAAAGUAAUGUUGGACCAGCAUUACACUAUAAAACUCUCAGCACCAGAAUACUUUUCCAAGUGGGAUCCGACAUUACCAGAGAUAGUUCAAACAAUUAAACAAACUUGUUACCUCACAUUACCAAACCCUACACACGAGGGUUACAGGGUUAUCAUUAUUAGUAUAAGGACUGAAGAUGCCGAACAUGUUGUAUUUGAUAAUUUUAUUAAACUGUGUUUUAUGAUAUAUGAUCUCAGAGUUGCCAAGUUAGACACUUGUAAAAAAGAUAUAAGCAUAAUUGAUUUCAACAAUUUGUCAAUGAAUCUUGUAGCAGCAAUAAUACCCAGUAUUAAGAAAGUCAUUGAAAGUUUUUUUCAAAACUGGUUCUGUGUAACUAAACUAGAAAUUUAUAAUGUAAAAAAACCAGUACAGUUCAAACCGAGCACAGUGUAAACCAGUACAGUUCAAAUUAUUUAUGUUUAUACUAGUAUAGUUUAAAAUAACUACUGUCUAAACCAGUAAGUAAAUACCAAGUAAGUAGAAAUUACCAGAGUAGGGUCCAGCUUCCACAGAUUCACAUCGAAACGUUUCCUUUAAUGUAAUAUUACAGGAACUUUGCAGCCAUUUACGAAAUUUGUUUAAGUAUGUGAGAUAUUUUUGAAAA